AUGGAUAUGGUAGGAAAUGUCCUUCCUCAAGUUUUUAACGAAAACGCCAGCGAAGACAAGGGUGAAUUAGCUAGAAUGUAAUCAUUCGUUGGAGCUAUUGCUGUUGCUGACCUUGUAAAGACUACUCUUGGACCCAAGGGUAUGGACAAGAUCUUAUAGAGUGUUGGUGAUCCCACUGCCAAGAAAUCCAUCACUGUCACUAAUGAUGGCGCUACUAUCCUCAGAUCUAUCCACGUCGACAACCCAGCUGCAAAGAUUUUAAUCGAUAUCUCUAAGUGCCAAGAUGAAGAAGUCGGAGAUGGUACUACUACUGUUGCUGUUUUGGCUGGAGAAUUAUUGAGAGAAGCUGAAAAGCUUGUCAAUCAAAAAAUUCAUCCACAAAUUAUCAUUCUCGGAUGGAGACAAGCUAGAGAUGUUGCCUUGAAAACUCUUAGAGAAGCUGCCAUGGAUCACUCAGAAGAUUUAGAAUAAUUCAGAAUUGAUCUUAAAAAUAUCGCUAUGACCACUUUAAGUUCAAAGCUUCUAUUAGAAGACAGAGAACAUUUCUCAGAUUUGGCGGUCUCAGCAGUUUUAAGACUUAAGGGAUCAGGAAAUCUUGAUUACAUCAAGCUUAUCAAGAAGCCAGGUGGUACUUUAAAAGACUCAUUCUUAGCUGAUGGAUUCAUCCUUGAGAAGAGUAUUUCAACUGGAUGCCCAAGAAGAAAGGAAAAGCCCAGAAUUUUGAUUGCUAACACACCAAUGGAUCACGAUAAAAUCAAGAUCUUCGGCUCAAAAGUAAGAGUUGACUCAAUGCUCAAAGUUGCUGAGAUUGAGGAAGCUGAGAAAAUGAAGAUGAAAAAGAAGGUAGAUUAAAUUCUUGCCUUGAAACCAGACGUUUUCAUUAACAGACAAUUAAUCUAUAACUAUCCAGAACAACUAUUGGCAGAGAAAGGAAUUAUGGUUAUUGAACAUGCUGACUUCGAUGGUACCGAAAGACUCGCUGCCGUUCUUGGAGCUGAUAUUCUCUCAACCUUCUCAGAGUCAAACUUCUCUGAAGGUCAUCAACCAAGACUUGGAUAUUGUGAAACUAUUGAAGAAAUCAUGAUUGGUGAGGACAAGGUUAUUAAGUUCUCAGGUACCAAAGCUGGUGAAGCCUGCUCAAUCGUUCUAAGAGGUUCAGGAUCUCACAUUUUAGACGAAGCAGAGAGAAGUUUGCACGAUGCUAUCUGUGUCCUUGUCUCAGCUGUCAAGAGUCACAGAGUCGUCUAUGGAGGUGGAAACAGUGAGAUCAGAAUGUCACUCGCUGUCGAAGAACUCGCCAAGACUGUCAAGGGCAAAUAAGCUCUUGCUAUCUAAUCAUAUGCCCACGCACUCAAGCAACUACCAACCAUUAUUGCUGACAAUGCUGGUUAUGAUAGUGCUGAAAUUGUCCAAAACCUAAGAUCUGAAAUAUACAGCGGCAAUCUACAAGCUGGUCUAAAUAUGUUCCAGGGUCAAGUCGACGACAUGAAGACCCUCGGAGUCACCGAGUGCUUAAGAGUAAAGGAAUAGGCUUUGUUGUCUGCUUCCGAAGCUGCUGAACUUAUUCUAAGAGUUGAUGAAAUCAUUAGAUGUGCCCCAAGAAGAAGAGAGGGCUAAUGA